AUAGUUGGUUCGCUUGAUAGCGCUUCUUUCUCGGUUCUUGUUGAGGAAGUUCAUUGACAAUGACGUGAAAAAAGCAGUAGCGAAACUGUAGAAUUGUUGAAGACGGCUAGUUUGGAGGACUUUAAUGCUCUAUCCCAUUAACAGGAUGUUGCUGCGUAUUGAAAAACUGUUGUGUUUCAUGUACGUGGUUGGAAUUGUAGCCGCAGGCACAGAUGAAGCAGGUUCGACUGGUCCUCCUCCACUGCUGCUCGUGUCCUUUGAUGGUUUUCGUGCGGAUUACCUCAAAAGGUUCCCCAUGCCCAACCUGAAGAACCUGUACACCCAAGGGGUUCUGGUGGAGCAGAUGACCAACGUUUUUAUCACGAAAACCUUUCCAAACCACUACAGUCUGGUCACGGGGCUGUAUGCAGAGUCACAUGGUAUCAUUGCUAGUAACAUGUACGACCCCGACACCAAAAAGCACUUCCGCGUUUCAAACAACACCGACCCGUUGUGGUGGAACGAGGCCGAGCCCCUCUGGAUCACAGCUCUGGACGCCGAGUACAAGACGGCAGCCAUGAUGUGGCCCGGGUCCGACGUGCUGAUCCACAACCGCACCGCGACACACUACCUCCCCUACAACUCAAAUAUGACCUUCAGAGAGAGGAUGGGCAAUGUGACCAAAUGGUUAACUGGAGAUGGAAAUGAAGAAGGGGUCAAAUUCGCAGCUCUGUACUGGGAGCAGCCGGAUAGUUCUGGGCACAAAUAUGGGCCUGAAAACACCACGAUGAUGGGCCAAACUCUCAAACAGGUGGAUGAUGACAUUGGGCUGCUGAUGUCUCAGCUGAAAGUGGCCGGUCUUUGGGGGCAGAUAAAUGUGAUCAUCACCAGUGACCACGGCAUGACCCAGUGCUCCCCCGACCGCCUCAUCCGACUGGACAAGUGUCUCGAUCCAGAUAACUACACUCUGGUUGACGUCACUCCUGUGGCAGCACUCAUCCCAAAACAAGACAAAACAGCAGUCUUCAAUUUACUGAAAGACUGUCACCUUCACAUGACCGCAUAUUUAAAGGAGGACAUCCCAGAGCGGUUGCAUUAUCGGAACAAUCGCCGCGUUCAGCCGAUUAUCCUCAUCGCUGACGAAGGCUGGACCAUUGUGCAGAACGGGAAUGUGCUGCCCAGACUUGGUGACCAUGGCUACGACAAUUCCUUACCCAGCAUGCACCCCUUCCUGGUAGCAGUGGGUCCCAGUUUUCGUCAGGGACAGCGGAUCAGCUCCAUCGAGAGUGUAGACGUGUACCCGCUCAUGUGUCAUCUCCUCGCCAUGAACGGGAAGCCCAACAAUGGCACGCUAAGCCGUACGCGGUGCAUGUUAGCUGGGGAGAAGUGCUGGGAUGUGCCCCUGGUCAUCGGUCUGGUGGUGGGGGUGCUGCUACUGUUGACUACUGUUACCUUUCUGUUCAGAUUCCUGGGCUGGAGACGUCCUCGCUCCAUCCAAGAUUUCCAAAGACUAAACGAAGACGAGGAUGACGAUGAUCCACUUUUGGAAUAACUGUGUAAACUGUCGGAGGUAUGAAGCAAGUUGCACUUUACUGUCAACAACUCCAAAGUUUUUGACACUGGAUACAACAGUUUUAAAUGCCUUUGUGACUGCUGAUGUUUGCGAAUCUGCUGCUCCAAAUGUUUCUGACAUUUAUUUUCACUUGAGGGAAUACAUUACAGGAAUUCUAUAUCUAUUGGGAAACUGAGGGGAAAAUAAUUUUAGGUGCACUGUGGAACUUUUCUGGGGGAGGGUUCUCAGUCUGCUUGUUUCCAUGGAUAUGUUACUGCUUUGCCUUGACUAUCCCCCAGUGUGGAAAUAAAACUGGUUAUCACAGUGGAGUCAAGUUAAUGGUCAGAUCUAUGGAGAAGCAAAUCUACGCCGCGUAAAUUUUUAGCUAUAAAACACUUGCAAGGCAGAUAUGUUUAAUGCCAAACUGCGGAACAUUCCAUGCAGAGAAAUAAUAUCUCCAUGGAAACAAGCAUGCAGCGGACCCCUCUUUAGAAGUUCCAUUGUGCAGCUAAGGAAGACAAUCAUUUCUGAUGAUUUAACUUGUUUGUUACUUGUUGUUUGUUAUGUUGCCAGAGGAGGGCGCUAUAUAUCCAAGUUUUGCGCUAUCUCAAUUAUCUCUCAAGAAUUAUAAUUUACUUGAGGGAAGACAUUUGAGGAAUUUUAGUUUUAUUUGGAAAUUAAGAAAAAAAAUAGUUUGUAAUCUUAAGUUUAGCUAAGGGAGCCAAUUAUUUCUGAUUAUGUUUGUUACUUGUUGUUUAUUAUGUUGCCAGAGGAGGGCGCUAUAUAUCUUAAAUUUUGAGCUAUCCCAAAAUCUAUAAAGAAUAAUUCUUAGUAAAACGUGAAAUGAACACUUUCAAGAAUGGAAAAUUUAUGCAAGAUUUUUUUUUUUUAUAUAUUAUCAAUUUUGUUGCUUUAAGUUUUGCCAGAUGUUUUAUUUGCUCUUAAUUUUAAACCAAAGACACUUCCAUAAAUGACAAGAGUGAAUAUCUGAAGGGCGUUUGAUAGAAAUCAUGUUAUUUAAAUAUAUGUGCAUGUAUUAUGUGUACACAGUUAUAUUUGCACUGGGAGUUCAUUUCGUUGCUUCAGGUGCUGCGUCUCAAGGUCACACUGACACAUAUAAGAAACAGGAAAGAGCCAUGUUGAAACUUCCGUCCUGUUUUUUUUUUAUUAUAGAUCUUAAUAUAUGCAACAAACAGAGUGAGGAUAUAUGCUACUGAGGAUAUAUGCUACUGAGGAUAUAUGCUACUGAGGAUAUAUGCUACUGAGGAUAUAUGCUACUGAGGAUAUAUGCUACUGAGGACAAUCUGGUCAGAAUGUUACCUGUGAAUGAUGUGUAUAUGCAGUUUGGUCCUGAUAUAGACCAUAGUUUGAUUCUGGUCUAGUCCUGGUCUUUUCCUGGUCUAGCUCUGGUCUAGCUCUGGUCUAGCUCUGGUCUAGCUCUGGUCUAGUCCUGGUCUAGUCCUUUUCUAGUCCUGGUCUAGUCCUGGUCCAGCUCUGGUCUAGUCCUGGACUAAUCCUGGUUUAGCCCUGGUCUAGUCCUGGUCUAGUCCUGGUCUAGUCCUGGUCUAGUCCUGGUCUAGUCCUGGUCUAGCUCUGGUUUAGCUCUGGUUUAGCUCUGGUCUAGCUCUGGUCUAGCUCUGGUCUAGCUCUGGUCUAGCUCUGGUCUAGCUCUGGUCUAGUCCUGGUCUAGUCCUGGUCUAGUCCUGGUCUAGUCCUGGUCUAGCUCUGGUCUAGCUCUGGUCUAGCUCUGGUCUAGCUCUGGUCUAGCUCUGGUCUAGUCCUGGUCUAGUCCUGGUCUAGCCCUGGUCUAGUCCUGGUCUAGUCCUGGUCUAGUCCUGGUCUAGUCCUGGUCUAGCUCUGGUCUAGCUCUGGUCUAGCUCUGGUCCAGCCCUGGUCUAGCCCUGGUCUAGCCCUGGUCUAGCUCUGGUCUAGCUCUGGUCUAGCUCUGGUCUAGCUCUGGUCUAGCUCUGGUCUAGCUCUGGUCUAGCUCUGGUCUAGUCCUGGUGUAGUCCUGGUCUAGUCCUGUUGUCCUACUUGUUCCAGAAACUAUGGACUAUAUUAUAAUCUUAAUCCAUUUGAUGUGACUUGCAUGUUUUACGUUGUCAGAUUGAAAAGUAAUCAUUCCUGCUAGCAUACAUUUUUUUCUUAAAAUAAUUAGAUUCUCUCUACUGAAUUUGUUAAAAGGAGGUCAUAGUUCAAAUACUUCAUCAUUGUUGUUUGGGCCAUUUAGACAUCCAUGUUACUGGGUUAUUAUGACAAUUCAUGGUUACUUUUACUUUAUUCCCCAGUGGAAACACUUUACAUUUAGCCAUAUUUUGAAUGCUUGUAUGAUUAUGUUGAAUAUAUUUGUCACAAAUUUUGCAACUUUCUACUGUCCUUUAGUGACUUUUAAAGGUCCAUAUUGCACAAAAUGAACUCUUGAGAGCUUUAGGUCAUGUUAUAAUGUUCAAAACCUGGAGUUGUGUUUUGUUUCUUUCACAUGUUUGAGUAACUCUUUAUUAUGAGUCUUUCUAUAUCUCCAAAGCUUAAAAUGCUCUGUUCCACCUUGUGAUGUCAUGACGUGGUAGUUUUUAAGAUAACAGAUAACUUUGUUCAGUAGAGAUUAGCAAUUCCUCAGUUUAAAUGUGCAUGGUUUGUGUGUUAAACAUGUGUGAAUGAAACAAAACACAACUCCAGGUCUGUUUUUGAUGAGGAAACAACAUUAUAACAGAUCAGAAAACAGUGUAAUACGGGCUCUUUAACUAUAUGCAACAGUUAUUUUUUGUGAGCUGUUACUGCAUUUUGCCUUGACAAUCUAAUCAUGUGUUACUGAAAAAUUUCUGAUAAAGAUGUAACUGUUUUGUAAAUCUUAUACGCUGCGCCAAUGAGCUGUUUGUACUACUCUUGCGAUUUUGAAUGUUACUGCCUUCUGCACCCCUUGCAUUCUGUCACUAUGCAAAUAAAAAUGGCCAUUGAAAGAAAUCUUUGCCACAGUUGAGAUUUUAAACAAAUAAUAAAUGAAUAGAAA